AUGGCUGAAAAACAUGGCCGGUUGCCACAUUUACGUCCAGCUGAAGUGACUCUUCUUAACCUCGCUUCAGAUGACUCGCGUGAUGUCGUGACUUUUUCGGAUAAAGAGCAGAUGAUUCUGCGACUCAUGAACGGCAUCCAGGAACAACGGCUGGAGAAGGCGUUUCUGGAACAAAAAUUGGAGUCAUUGUCCGGUGAAAAUGCGCAAGAGCAAUUCGAAGCCUCCGAGCGUGAGUAUCUAGAGGCGCGAGCUACCUACACAGUCAGAAAGAAGGCCGCUACAACAAUCCUCAUGACUGAUCCUAUCCUCAAGGCGGUUCAUCUGAAUGCCACAACUCCGCCCGAACGGGCGCUUUUCCGUCUUAUCAACCGCCGGGAUGUGCUUGCACUCGCACAUGAGAACCUCGCUACAACUCAUGACGAAGUAUUGAAAAAGCUUUCAGAUACAGAACUUGAAAAUCUGCAGAUUAACCACGAGAAUCAAGAGCUCGUGCGCGAGCUCCAAGAUCUUGUUAGACAAGACUCUUCGUGGGAGGAGAAGCUCAAGGAUGAGAAACUGACUUCUCAACUUUCUAGUCUGGCGAUCGAGCUCAAGGCCAAUAGAGCGAAAUGGGAGACUAUGAAGCAUGUUGCCAGCGCUAUGGUGGUUGGCAGUGGACUCAACUGGGCUGAUAAUGACACGCUUCGUGACUUGGUUCUGGACGAGAGUCUAGAUGAAAGCGAUUGA